GCUUCUAAUUAUUUUCCUUCGCUUUCCCCCUUGCUUUCCUUUAUAAGAGCAGGAGAGGAGCCAUUCAGUCACAAAACAGAGAGAGAGAGAGAGAGAGAGAGAGAGAAGGGGAGGAAACCCAAAAAGGUGAGAUCUUGCUGAACGAGGGAGAGAAAGAGGAAAAGGGUAUCAUUCUCUCCAUCAACAGAGCAAGAAAACAGUAAGAAGGUGGGAUUUUGGUCAAUGGGGGAUCUGGUCACCUUCCAGUUUUUUCCUGUUAAUGGAGCGGCGGAGGACGGGAUUCAUGGCGGUGAGGUUACUGCCCCCAGGAUGCACUGGGCGGAGGUGAAGUUUGUAGAGAAGGCGGUGGAGGUGUCGCCGGCGAUCAGGAAGAGCCGGCGGGGCCCACGGUCGAGGAGCUCGCAGUACAGGGGAGUUACUUUUUAUAGGAGGACUGGGAGAUGGGAGUCCCAUAUUUGGGAUUGUGGGAAGCAGGUUUAUUUAGGGGGUUUUGACACUGCCCAUGCGGCUGCCAGGGCUUACGAUCGCGCAGCAAUCAAAUUUCGAGGGAUGGAAGCUGAUAUAAACUUCAGUUUGAGUGAUUAUGAUGAGGAUAUGAAACAAAUGAACAAUUUAACCAAGGAAGAGUUUGUUCAUGUGCUUAGAAGACAGAGUACAGGGUUCCCAAGAGGAAGUUCUAAGUUUCGGGGUGUCACAUUGCAUAAAUGCGGGAGAUGGGAGGCCAGAAUGGGCCAGUUCUUGGGCAAAAAAUAUGUUUAUUUAGGCCUUUUCGAUACUGAAGUUGAAGCUGCAAGAGCUUAUGAUAAAGCUGCAAUCAAGUGUAGUGGAAAGUAUGCAGUGACCAACUUUGACCCUGGAAUGUAUGAAAAUGAAUCAAAUUCCAUCGAUAAUAUUACGGAUAGCCAGAGUGAUCACAAUCUUGAGCUGAGUUUGGGAAGCUUGAGCUCAAGGAGAACUGAUCUUGAACUGAUGGAUGAAGCCUAUAUUGGUGUGGAUCAUCAAGUACCCAUGGCCUAUGAAUCAGAUUGGAAACGUAACACAAGACCGAAGGUAUAUACUUCUUUCCUUGAUGUGAUCCCCUUUGGAGAAAAAAAAAUCAAUUGUUUCAGAUAACGCUGUAAAUAUUAGUAUUUACCUCCAAAGCGAAGUACAUAUAACUUGUAUAUGAUAUAGUAGUCCUUAUAGGGAGUAGUCAUAUUCCACUAUAUCAAGGCUUACAGGAGGUACAUGUUUAACAACAGUAGACAUUAUAUACCUAUUAACACCAAUGCAUUAAUUUUCAUGAUGAGUAAUUAAGCAAAUAAAACUCAGUGACUCCUAGAAUAAGUAUUAUCCACAAUUCCACAUGCUAUUUCAAAAUGUAGCAGUAAAAUCUAAAGAAAUUGAAUGCUAGUUAAUGAUUAUCCCCUCAAGGAAUUCAGAAUUAUACUGUUAAAACUGUGAACAAAUAUUUAGCUUCUAGUAGUUAGUAGUUUAUACCAACAAAUGCUACAUAGAAUGGUAUUUCUGAUACCAUGAAGUUGUUUGACAUGCAAGAUUACUACUUCUAUCCUUCGGAUGAAAAUUCCAUCCUUAAAUGAGAAAAAAGGGGAAGUUUAUACCUUAUGAAUUAUGAUAAAGAAAGUGUAAAUUCCAAUGAACAGUUUGCACUAGUAAACUAUCCAAUGCUGCAAAAUCCUACCUAUGUUCUACUCUAUUUAUCUGGCAAGAAGCAAUCUCUAUCUGUUUGUUCUAUAGUUUAUUUAUUCCCCAUUGUUUAAUGAGAAGCUAAAUCCUGAAUGAAAUACUCAAAUACCAUUUAAGCCUCUGUCACUCAGCCACAACUCAACCCCAGUAUUCCAAAUUGUACAUCCACACUUCAAACCCUCUGGGUGUGACAGAGUAUGUGGCUCCCUAACAGAAAGGGUAUUUCACAAAAAUACCUGUAGGCGUCUAAAAUUGUCUACAA